AGAACUGCCAAAGGCAGUCAUAAAAAUAAUUACAUUUAUUAAUUUAAUUAAUAAUUGUACCAUAUGCUAUUAGCGGCCCGUGGUGUGAAAGAAAAGUUUUGAGUUGCAAAUAAAUUGUUCUGAUUACAAUGGCGACUUCCAAAUACUUCUUUGCGUUAGCCGUGGUAGUGGCGUCCAGCUAUGCUGCUCCAAACCAUGAGCCAAUCCCGCUGAAGAUUCCUGAUGAAUGUAAGGGCAAAGGCUUCUGUCCCAUCAAGCCUGAAGGAUACGAUGCAAUGGAGAAGUUCAUCACCCACCUCCUAACCGACAAGUUUAUUGCACAGAGCAUGGGAGAUAGAAAUGGCAUUGCCGUGUCUAAGGAAGAAUUGUCACCGGAAGAAGACUGGCAUAACUGCCCUUACAGAAAAACGGUCCAAUCAAUGUACACGUACAGCCUCUCGAAUGAGACCAAUGACUUCGAUUAUAUUAUCCAGCACAAACUGCUUACCCAGCCGAUCGAAAUUGUUACUUGCGCGACUGAAAAAAUCAAGCCCGGAUCGAGUGAGGAAUGCUUCCAAGACAUCGGUCUGAGUUCCUUCAAAAUGAAAUCUAUGUGCCAGACCACUACAUCCAAGCGCAGUCUUCUGGUUUACGACUAUAAGACUGGGCAAAUCAAGAAGAAGCCUUUCGAUGUCCCAUGCUGCUGUUCUUGUGUUGUAUCCGAAACAGUUUAAGUAUUUCACCGUCAUCUGCCUGCCUUGCCUUGUCUCAAAGGUUGGGUUCGGCUUCUAACCAGUCUAACCCGAUGCAGAUGAGUACCAGUGUUUUACAAGCAGCGACUGCUUAUCUGACCUCUUCAACCCAGUUAUUUGGGCAGUACCCCUAGACUGGUUGUCAGAUUAUUCCAACGUCAUCAAACAGGAUAUUUUGUUUAAGAAUUUUUGCAUCGGUCCUAUUAUUUUCCCUUGUGGCAGACUUUAAUUGAAAUCGAGUUUUACUGCAAUUUUCUUAAGAUUUUCUAAAGUAGCUUUUAGAAUAACGAAUGUAAAAUGUAUUUGUAGCACAGAAGACAUAGCGUUGCUCAAGUAGCAUCAUUGUGCGAUAUCAUUUCAAAGACUGAUUUAAAUAAUUAUUUUUAUACCAAUAUUAAUAUUAGAUUAUUUUAUUUUUCUAGCCACACAGUUAAAUUGUUAUUUUAAUGUAAGCUAUUAAUAGAAGUUUCCAUUGGUAAACUUUAAGUAAUGCUUGAAUAAAUUAGUAGGUAUUAUGAAUAAAUCAUUUCAAACUAUAAAA